AGGAUGGAUGACGAGAAUACCGUCAGAGUUGACCCAGUCAAAGCUGGGCCACGAUCUGAUCAGGAACUCAUGGCUCAUCUAGCAGCUCAGGUGGGCGAUGGUCGACUUUUCAAGAUGGACGUCGACUAUACCAGUCAGGUUGAUGAGGCCAUUCCAAAGGCAGACGCCAUCGCUGCGGUAAAGUCGCUGGAUUCACUAACUAAUCUCGAGAAAUUGUCACGUCUUGGUUCGGAUAUGAAAAGCAACACAAGAAUUGUUCAGCACAUGGUGAAGUUGUGUUUUGAUGGAAAAAAGUGGGAUCUCCUUAAUGAUACUAUUCUUACACUGUCAAAGAAAAGACUGAUUAUAAAAAUGGCCAUAGCGAAAAUGAUCCGAGACGCCUGUGAAAUGGUGAAGAAGAUGCCAAAUGAGGAGUUGAAAAUGAAGCUUGUUGAUACUCUUCGUACUGUUACCGCUGGAAAGAUUUACGUUGAAGUCGAACGUGCUCGUCUUACUUCUUUAGUGGUCAAGAAGCUUGAAAGCGAAGGUAAAAUUGAAGAAGCAACAAACCUUAUUUUGGAGUUGCAAGUCGAGACGUAUGGUUCUAUGGAGAUCAAAGAGAAGGUGGAGUUUCUGCUAGAACAAAUGCGAUUGUCCUUAGCACGUGGCGAUUAUAUAAGAGCUGCAAUCAUCUCAAACAAAAUCAGCACAAAGUUCUUCAGUAGUGACAAAGAUGAGGUUAUUCAAGAUCUGAAGAUACGCUUCUAUAAUCUAAUGAUAUCCAUUGGAUUACAUGAUUCGAAGUAUUUGGAUGUAUGCAGACAUUACAGGGCAUUAUUUGAUACACCUAAGAUUGCGGCAGACACUGAAAAAGCUCGAAUGGUACUGAAGUGUGCUGUUAUAUAUUGUCUUCUGGCCCCACACACAAAUGAACAAUGGGACUUACUUAAUCGCACUGCCUUGUUAAGGGAAUUGGAACUUGUCCCUGACUAUAAGGCAUUGAUGGACUUGUUCAUCAACCAGGAAUUAAUUUCAUGGAAGAACAUCAUCAUUAGAGUGUAUGAGAAGACCUUGAAAAAGUCAUCAAAUGGGACGGUUUUUGAUGGCAAAGAAGGUGAGAAACGAUGGAAGGAUUUGCACAUGAGAGUCGGUGAACACAAUAUGCGUGUGGUUUCAAAAUACUACACACAGAUCACAUUUGAUCGAUUGUCAGAAUUGCUUGACUUCCCUCUUAACGACAUGGAGUCAUUCUUAUGUAACUUGAUCGUCACUGGUGCUGUUUGUGACACUAAAAUCCAUCGUCCAUCACGAGUAGUAAAUUUGAGAGCUCGUAAAGCCAAUAUGGAACAACUGGACCAAUGGGCAAGCAAUGUGAAGAAGCUGACGGAAACUCUGAACAAGGCAGGUUUUGUAUGUGCUCGCCCAAAAUCAAUCUGUGGUCUUUUUCUGGAUUUGUUACUUUUGUGA